CACAGAAUUGUGGGAAUUUAUGUAAAAUUAAGAUGGCAGCCGCCUGUGCGAGAACUCUCGGUAAGGUCGGCUGGCACAUUUUGGAGUCUCCACCAUGUCGUGCUGGGAAUAUUGCCUCCCUGAUUCCAAGGGUCCCGCUACAUGGAUCGAGCAGGGCCUACAGAACAGGUGGUGCAGGAUUCCGUUCCAAACUGCUCUUCAGCACACCUCUGCGCGGUGGCAGGGUCCUGGGGUGUGCGUUCCUGUUUGGAGGGGGGCUUGGCUUGUAUCAAACAAUAAAGCUCUCCGUCCAACAUCACCUUGCUGAAGAAGAUGUCAAGCCUUCUGUUGGUGGCCUGAAGUUGACCUUGUAUCAGUACAAGACCUGCCCGUUCUGCAGUAAAGUGCGAGCUUUCCUAGACUACCAUGGGCUUCCAUAUGAGAUUGUGGAGGUCAACCCCGUUAUGAGGAAGGAAAUCAAGUGGUCAACUUACAGAAAAGUGCCAAUUGUGAUGGUGAAUGAUGAUGUGCAACUGAAUGACUCCUCAUUAAUAAUCAGUGCCUUGAAGACACGGUUGAUGAGCAAGGAUAAAACCAUCUCAGAAAUUCUGUGCUGUUACCCAGAGAUGAAGGCCGUCAAUGAGAAGGGGAAAGAGGUGAUCGAGUUCAACAACAAGUACUGGGUGAUGGUGAAUGAAGCUGAAGGUCAGACGAUGUACCCCGAGAAAGAUUCCAGAAAGGAGGAGAUCAAAUGGCGUAAGUGGGCAGAUGAUUGGCUGGUGCACCUGAUCUCGCCCAAUGUUUACCGGACCACUGGAGAGGCCCUGGCCUCCUUUGACUAUAUCGUCCGUGAGGGCAAGUUUGGCACUUAUGAGGGAUUCUUUGCAAAGUAUGUUGGAGCAGCUGCCAUGUUUGUCAUCUCAAAAAGACUGAAAAGUAGACACAACCUGCAGGAUGACGUGAGACAGGAUCUGUACAAAGCAGUCAAUGAGUGGGUGGUGGCCAUUGGCAAGAAGAGGAAGUUCAUGGGUGGAGACCAGCCCAAUCUGGCUGACCUGGCAGUGUAUGGGAUCCUGAGAGUGAUGGAGGGUCUUGAGGCCUGGGAUGACAUGAUGGAGAACACCAAGGUGAAGAGCUGGUACAGACGAAUGGAGAAAGCUACAAAAAGCCACAAGGGCCAAACUGACACUGCUCUAAAUAUUGACCAGCAAUAGGAGAUCUGAUUGAAUAGCACUUCCAGCCCUCACUUAAUCAGGAGAUGUGAAGAGUUAUUGCAUUAAGGAGAGAUGGGUGAAAAAAAUGCUAUACAUUUGUCAUAAGGCUCUUGUCCUCCUGAUGCAAUUCACAGAAAUUGACUUCUCUAGCUAAUAUGGAUUAGGCAAAAGGCCAACCUCUUGAUUUAUUUCCUGUGAAAAUGCACCCAAAUGAUCUAUGUUAAUUUGCUUGAAUAAACUUGCAGCAGCAAGCCGUUUAGUUGUAGAUCCUUGAUUACUGUGGCAUUCUGUCUACCUGGUGUCAAGGCUGCAGUAACAUGUGCACUGAGUAUACUAAACAUUAAGAACACCUGCUCUUUCCAUGAGUCUGACCAGGUGGAAGCUAUGAACCUUAUUGUCACUUAAUAAAUCCACUUCAGUGGGGAGGAGACAGGUUAAAGAAUUGUUAAGCCUUGGGACAAUUCAGGCAUGGAUUGUGUAUUUUUUAUUUUACCUUUAUUUAACUAGGCAAGUCAGUUAAGAACAAAUUCUUAUUUUCAAUGACGGCCUAGGAACAGUGGGUUAACUGCCUGUUCAGGGGCAGAAUGACAGAUUUGUACCUUGUCAGCUCGGGGGUUUGAACUUGCAACUUUCCGGUUACUAGUCCAACUCUCUAACCACUAGGCUACCCUGUGUGCCAUUCAGAGGGUGAAUGGGCAAGACAAAAUAUUUAAGUGCCUUUGAAUGGUAGAAGGUGCCAGGCGCACCGGUUUGUGUCAAGAACUGCAACACUGUUGGAUUUUUCACACUCAACAGUUUCCUGUGUAUAUCAAGAAUGAUUCACCACCCAACUUGACACAACUGAGGUCGACAUGGGCCAGCAUCCCUGUGGAACUCUUUCGGCACCUUGUAGUGUCCAUGUCCCGGCGAAUUGAGGCCAUUUUGAGGGCUUAAGGGGAGACGACAUUAGAUGUUCCUAAUGUUUGGUAUAGUCAGUGUAUAUAACAUAAGUAAAACCAAAUUAGCAGCUUUACAUUUACAUUGCAUCUGUGUAAACAUUGUCAAAUACCUCCUACACACAGUCUUAGCAUUUUGGAUUACAUUUUUUCGCCCCCAUUCUGUUUUCCAAUAUACUUGAAGGUUCAAAUGAUUGCACGAGCUAACAUGACUUAGUUUAAUUAGCUACAUCUGAUAAUCAGUAUAUUAUUUUCCUCAGGGUUUGAAUUCCCCUAAAAAAAAAAGCGCAGUAAUCCUGUUUCAAGAUUCUCUUUCAUCUGUUAACUUCUUGACUGAUGCUAAUUGUUCCUCAUUGUUGUUCUUGAGGGUUCCAGUCAUAGCCAGAUUAAUUACAUUCUCAUUCUUAUCAACUAUGCAGGGUGUAAGAAGUGAAAUGAUUGUUAUAAUUUGGCAGCAUCCAUUGGACAAAGUGGUACCGAGACUCCUAACAAA